AUGGCCAACAUCUUCCGCCAAGCCAUCUCAUGGCUCUACACCACCCUCGCCGUCUCCAUCCUCGGAUCAUGGACCCUCCUCAUCCUCGGCGGCGUCGGCCUCACAGCCGUAGACUCGAACCCAGGCCUCCUUCAGCUCAUCGCCUUCCCCUCUCUCCUCACCUUCCUCGUCGCAAAGCUCAUCGUCGCCGCCUCGCCCUCGACAGCACUUCAGCAGCAGCCCCAAGCGAACCCCCGGAAUGCCGUCGCAGCUCCUGCUCCCGCCGCCGCCGGCGGUAACCUAGCAACUUGGCUCGCAACAGCAGACUACGGCUCCCCCCACGGCGCCCUCGUCCUCUUCCUCUUCUCCGUAACCUGGCUCCUGCAGCUCGCGCGCGUAGUCUUCGCCCUCUUUCUGGUGGUGCUCAUGGGUGCCUUCUUCGUCUUUGCGUCCUCGCUCGACGCAGCCGAUAAAGAAGACAAAGAAGCCGGCGGCGAGGGUCUCUUCUCCGACGACGACGGCGCGCGCAAGAACUUCACCACCGCGCUCGCCGAGUUUGAGGAGAAGGCGGGGAUCGGAUUGGGCGAUUACCUCGUUGACAAUCCCUGGGUCGUGUUUCAGGUGUUUGUGGCACUUUGGGGCAUGAUGAAUCUGUUGCUCAUGUAUCUUUCCGUGUACGCUUUUGGGGCGUUGAAGAAGGUGUUGACGACGCCGCUUGAGGCUUGGGCGAGGAGUGGUCAGGAGGUGGCGGCGCCUGCUACUGUGGCUGGGGGGACUUCAGCGGCGGCAGCAGUGGCAGCGGCAGCGGAGACGAGGACCCCGGUUGUCAUUGUUGAGAAGGAGAGGGUGGUUGUGCCGGCUGAGGCGCAACGUGGAAAUUGA